AGUUCAUUGAAAACUCAGUUGCUGUCCCAGCGGUCGGACAGAGAGUGCUCUAGUCUAGGCUUCUUUUCUGCUAUUAAGAUCUUCUAUAGAGAGCUGCAACAAUGCCCAAAAGAAAGGCUGCAGGUCAAAGUGAUGUGAAGCAAGAGCCAAAGAGAAGAUCAGCCAGAUUGUCUGCUAUGCCUGUGCCCAUUAUACCAGAGUUGAAACCCAAAAGAUCAUCAACUUCAAGGAAAAUUACCGAAAAUGAUAUGAUGGGAAAAAACAUAGAUACAAAUGCCAAAGCAGUUGUUGAAGACAAACAAGAUGAAGUUGUUGAAGCAAAGAACAAUGAAAAUGCUGAAAAUGGAGAAGCCAAAAUUAUAGAGGUACCAGUUCCUGCAAAAGAACUUGGGGAAAUAAAAGAAGAAAAUAUCAAAGAAGAUGAAGAAGAGAAAGAAACAGUGAAAGAAGAAAAAGGAGAAGAUGGAAAAGAAGACCAAGAUGAAAAAGAUAAAGAACAAGAUAGAAAUGAGGACAAAGACACAAAUGAGAAAGGAGAAGAUGGAACAAAGGAAGACCAAAAAGAACAAGAGGGUAAAGAGCAAGAGGGGGAAGAAGGAAAAGGGAAAAAAGAAGAUGGAAAGGAGGACAAAGAUGGAAUAAGCAAAGGAGAUGAUAGAGAGGGGGAAGACAGAAAAGAGAAAGGAGAUGGAAAAGAUGAUGAAGAUGGUGAAAAGGAAGAAGACAGACAAGAAAAAGAUGAUAAAGAGAAAGAUGAAACAGAGGAGGAAGAUGGAAAAGGCAAAGAAGAUGAAGAAGAGGAGGAGGAAGAUAGAAAUGAAGAUGAAGGUAAAAAUGAGGAAGAAAAUGGAAAGGACAGUGAAGAAGAUGGAAAAGAUGAGGAAGGAGGAAAAGAAGAAGAAGAAAAAGAAAAAGAGGAAGAAGAAGGAAAAGAGGAAAAAGAAGGAAAAGAGGAAAAAGUAGGAAAAGAAGAAGGAAAAGAGAAAAAAGUAGGAAAAGAAGAAGAAAGAAAAGAGAAAAAAGAAGGAAAAGAGGAAGAAGAAGGAAAAGAAGAAAAUGGAAAAGGGGAUGGGAAAAAUGGAGGAGAUGAAAAGGAAAAGGAAAACAAGGCUGAAGUUGGAAAAGAAGCUGAAAACAAAGAGGUCAAAAAAGAAGAUGGAAAAAAAGAGGAGUCUCUGAGUACUGUUUAACACUGCCCUAUAUACUUUCAUAAUUUGUUAACAUGUACCUUUGUGUUGUAAUGAUAAUAGAGAUAAAUAUUUUUAUCAGAUAUUUUAUAAACACUGCUUUUCUUUAGCACCAUUUAAUUUCAGAACGUCUUCAUACUGAUUAUUAGUUACAAAAUGCCUAACAUGAAAACUUCAUCUAUAAAUAUCGUGAUUAUAGUAGGGGAAUGUAUAAAAAUACACUAUUUGUUUUGUGUAAAUUAUGUGUUAAAAUCUUUUAAUUGAAUUUUAUUCCUACAUAUGAUAAUUUCACAAAGUAGAAGAAUUCCAAAAGAAGGCGUUUCAUCCAACAUUCUUAUGGUUCUUUAGGUGGCUUUUAUAAAAAUGUGAACUAUUUUCAUGUAAUGCUUAGUUAUGUUUCCCAAAGAUAAUUUUAUUAGUAGCUUGGGAAAAGUAUAAAUAAAAUUGUAAUCCCAUUUUCAAAGAAAUAUAAAUGUUUACUUCAGAAGGGCAGUUUUAAGUACAUGUGUGUGCACAACAUUUUACUGGAUUUAUCUAAAUAAAAAGAUUUCAGAGAUGAUCA